UGACGCCUCGCUCUCCGGAUGAGGUGGAUCACUGUGCGUCCGCCGAGGCGGCACUAACCAUCCGCUGGCCUUUGUCCCACACAGAUGGGAAGGUGCCUAGCCUAUCUACAGUGUGGUGCGUCGCAAAGCUGUCACCCUCAAGACGGUUGUCGAACGCCUGCAUCCUUUCAUCAAAGACGAACCAAACGUCCUCUACGAGACCGACAGUGCAGCUGUGCAGGGUCUGCUUCAUCAAGGCGACGAUCAUCUCGCAGCAACGCGGUAGCACUCUCCGAGCUUGGUGUUGAACAUCACGAGAUCGUUCACCUCACCGGCGUCGACAAUAGAAUCGCUGACCUCACCUUCCGAGUCCCGCCUGCAGUCUUCGCAACGGUCGCACCUAGAAGCGUCCACAGUCCGUUGUCCCUCAUAGGGGCACGAGUCUGUCACGCAGCAGAGCGCAGAUUCGUUCUGCAGCGCGCAGCGAGGAACGUGCCGCCAAAUCGAGCAAGCAGCUCGAGAGCAUAAGGCUUUCCAUCCACUGACUUGGUAUGCGACACGUUGCAAUGGUUCCGCCGAAAGGGCGACUUUCUCUAUCGUGUCGAGUUCCCGACGGAUGAUGACGAGCGAGCGGAUGCUAGACUGGUGGUGGUCGUGCCUGACUCUGAGAUCGAGCGCAUCCUGUAAUUCAUGAACGAGACUACUGCGCACGCACGGGGGGCGGCGGCUUUGCCUCGCUCUCCGGCGCACCUACAAGUUCGCAUCUUUGCCUCGAAAGUGGCUGACGUCGCAUGCCGUUUUAAAGAGCGUGGAGCCUCCCGCCGCA